AUGUUUAGAGGGUUUAAAACGCAGAAUUGUAAUCCUUUUAUUGAUUCGGUUUUGAAGAUUCCGUGCUAAAUACUGCUUAAAGAUUUUAAACUAGCAACAUCACAACAGCUCAUGCUACAGCAGGCAUGCUAGCACCUAUUAGCAACCUAGCCGUGUGAACGCUAGUUCGUGUGAGUUUUCAUGAGACUGCAUUGCUAAAACAAUGGACGAUUCUGGCAUCAAGAAGCAGAACUGGGACGUGAAGGAAACGGAGUUGUUUCUGGAAAUUCUCAAGGAGCUGGACAUGAAGAAGUGCUUAGACGGAAGGAAAGUGAGGAAUAACAAACUGUUCAAAGUGGCACACAGGAGAAUGACAGCGGCUGGUUAUCACAGAUCCGUGGACCAAUUAAAGUUUCGCUGGAAACUUCUCAAAAGCGCAUACUACAAGUGCAAGCGAGAGCCCGACUCCCCGGCCCCAACUAAAAUACAGGGCUGGUGGCGCUAUGAAAAGACGAUGGUCGCUAUUAUGGAGUCCAGACACCCUCUGGUGGGACCCGGGGUUAACUCUGACAGAAACGACGAGGUGACAGAAGAGUCAGAUGGCGAAGCAUCAGUACUACACUGGCCGCAGCCCUGCCCGGACAAUACCACCCAGAACCUGGAUUUAAUUAUCAAAAUGGACCCUGAGAUGGACUCUCAGCUUAAGAUUGGCUUUAUCGGUGCAGGGAACAUGGCGUUUGGCAUCGCCAAAGGCAUCUUAUCCGGAAAUGUCCUUCCUGCAAACGUCAAAGUUAGUGCACCAUCCUCAAGGAAUCUGGGACGCUUUCAGGCCCUCUCAUUCAGCUCAGGUGAAGGCGUCCAUGCAGACUGCCAGAAACUGAACGCUGACAUCAACUCACCAUCUGCAUCCUACAUCCUGAAACUAGCCAACCGUCUUUAUGGAGAAAACACUGCCCACUUCCUCCCAGACUUCCUUGAAGCCACACAGAAGUACUACCAGGCAGACCUGAAGACUGUGGACUUCAUCGGAGCUCCAGAGGCGUGCAGAGCCGAGAUCAACAGCUGGGUCGAGCAGCAGACAGAAAAUAAGAUAAAAGACCUUCUGAAGCCAGGAACAGUAAACGCAGAUACCAGACUGGCUCUGGUCAAUGCUGUCUACUUCAAGGGCAACUGGAAGAACCCGUUUAAAGAGGCAAACACCAAAGAGAUGCCCUUUAAAAUCAAACAGCUGGAGAAGGAGCUAACACAGGAGAGGCUGAAUGAAUGGACCGACAGGAAAAACAUGGAAGUUGAUUUAGAAGUUCUUGUUGACCUGCCAAAGUUCAAGCUGGAGGAAGACUACGAGCUGAAUGAACCUCUGACUAAACUGGGUAUGAAGGACGUGUUCUGUGCAGGAAGCGCUGACCUGUCUGGCAUGAACGGUGAAGGGGGGCUCUUCCUGUCUACGGUGGCCCACAAGGUCUUUGUGGAGGUGAACGAGGAGGGCACACAGGCCGCUGCAGCCACAGGUGUUGUGUCCAGGAAUCUUAGUUCUGGAUGGACCAGAUACUUCACAGCAGAUCACCCCUUCCUCUUCUUCAUCAGACACAACGAGACCAAAUCCGUCCUGUUCUUUGGCAGAUUCUCAUCUCCUCAGUAGACAGAAGCAGCAGAGGAAGAUGAU